AUGGGCCUCCAUCCGACCGUUUUACUCUCAGCAGCCUAUCCCGGUCCGAGUGACAGCGACCCUCUCACCGAUGAUGAGCUAACCCUUCUGUUGGCUAUACCUCGCGUCGCUGAUUCUACACCUAAUGCCACCCUAUUCCGGUUUCCGGUUGGUCAUAUUCCUUCAAUGGGAUGGAUAGACGUCACUUGCGCCGAAGCCAGAUCUAUUAUCGCGCAUUUAGCGAUGGUAUGGAGACCAAGGCUUACCGAAAUACUUCAUCAAACGGAGCACUCUAUUCCCAAUCGCCCCGUUGGACCGGGAACAACUAUAUGUAUACUGGUUGAACCAGAUUUCCAUAGUAUCUUUCACUUGCUUGCUUUCUGGGCAAUCGGAUGCUCCGUGCAGUUUGUUUCAACCGCGGAUCCUAAUAUAUUGGACAGUCAGCUCACGCAGUCGGGGUGUGAUCUCAUAAUAUAUUCGGGAUUUGAUGAUGCUUGGGUCAUAGAACGGAAGCGGCGAUUUGAUGGGCCAAUAAUACAGCUUCCUGAAGAGGAGCAGGCUCACCGACUGGCGGUGUCUGAAAAGCAGCGGGAAGGUACAUCGCCUGCUUGGCCUAUUCCCCAACGCCCCUCCCCGGCUCUCAUCUUGCAGUCUACAGGGACCACUGGUUAUCCCAAACUACUGAGAUUAUCUCUUUAUUUCCACACGAUCGGGCACGAGUACAACUGUCGAAUGCACCUCAACUGUAUCUUCCCGGAUCGAACAGACAAGACACCUCAUAGCCAUCCUCGCCUUCUUCUUGCACCAUUCUAUUGGCAGAACUUUUAUCGAACUCUCUUCGUACACUUAACGACCGCCACUCCCAUUGCCUUUGCUUGGUUCAUGAACAUUCUCGAAUUUUCAUCGAGUCAACUCAUUGAUUGGGCUAAAACGCUCGAUGUGGGUGCAAUUGCGUGUGAUGCGGGACAAGUUUGUCAAAUGCCCAGAACGACCCUCGCGGAGCACGCAGGAUUUUUCCGGGGACUUUACUCGUUUACUUUGAGUGGGGCAGCCAUUGGAAGUUCUCUAUCGAAAUCCUUGGAGGAACUCGAUAUUCGAAUCACCAAUAUAUAUGGGAUGUCCGAAUUGGGUCGAUUACUAAUAUGUACUGAAGCACCCUACACACAACUUCGGCCCUUCCCAGACAUGGCAUUACCUCUCGUACGCCCACUUACUAAUUUCGGUUCCGACGGGUCCCGAAAUGUCGAGCUUUGGCUCCGACUCGCGAAUUUUGCGCCUCUAGCCCAUCACCAGACUCACAAGGGUGCCCCAAUUAAACUCGAGCCUUUCCCUGGAGAUGGGCCACAUAAGGGGGAGUAUGCAUUUAACCUGGGCGACGUAUUCCAAGAGUUGAUGGUCAAAACGACCAGAUUCGCUUGA